AUGGCCUGGACAUUUUACUACUAUGACCCGUCCAGCGCUGCGGCGGGCAUAUUUACUGCCCUUUUCGGUCUGAGUAGUCUCAUGCAUUUGUACCAACUCGUUCGGACACGAACAUGGUUCAUGAUUCCCUUCGUGAUUGGAGGCAUACUUGAGACAGUCGGUUACGUCGGACGCUUACUGUCAUCCCACGAGGCGCCUGAUUUCACCCAAGGACCCUAUGUCAUCCAAAGCGCGUUGAUCCUGAUCGCUCCAGCUUUCCUGGCAGCGAGUAUCUAUAUGACUCUUGGGCGCAUCAUUUUUAUGAUCGAUGCUGAGAAGUGCUCCCUUAUCAAGCUUAAAUGGUUGACCAAGAUCUUCGUGACUGGAGACGUUUUGUCCUUCCUGAUGCAAGCCUCAGGUGCGGGACUCAUGGUUCAAAAUUCAACAAAUCCAGGUACUGGCGAACACAUCAUUGUCGGCGGUCUCUUUGUACAGAUCAUCUUCUUUGGCUUUUUCACGAUCAGUGCUGUGGUGUUCCAGGCCCGUAUCUCCAAAGUUCCUACUGCUCGUUCGAUCGAGCUGAAUAACCUCUGGCACCGGCAUAUGAUGGCCCUAUACGUCUCUAGUAUCUUGAUUCUGGUCCGUUCGGUGGUCCGUGUGGUGGAAUACAUGCAGGGCUACGAUGGCUAUUUGAUGAAGAACGAGGUCUUCAUCUAUGUCUUCGAUGCCCUGUUGAUGUUUGUGACGAUGCUUGUUCUCCAGUACACGCACCCUAGCGAGGUUAAUUGCUUGCUGGGUCGCGGCGACAAAUAUUCUGAGCAAAUUGUUCGGAUGCGCAAGUUUGUCCCUGGUUCCGCGCUAGAGAUGGAUAGGAUGGAGGGUGUUUAA